AUACCAAACAAGCUGAAUUAUCCUUAAAGCCGUGAAAUACAUAACCGCGCACGUUGCUUUACACGCGCUCAGGAAGCCGAGGCACAGCUGGCACCCAGCCUAGGGCACCGGGGCGGGUGCUAGGAGCUUACAUAUUCUCACCUUGUUGGCAGAGAAGGAAUGGAGUCCUCGAUGGAGUCCGUCUCAACAGCAUUCGACCAGGGUAGCCCCAGCACCAGCCAGGCUGGGGACGCUCCCACCGGGUUGACGUUUAUCAAGCAUCAAGUUACAAAAAUGGACACGCUGGCUGGGCUAGCAAUCAAGUACAAUGUGUCGGUUGGGGACAUCAAGCGCGCCAACGGCCUGCUCUCGGACUCAGCAGUGUAUGGGCGGGGGACAAUUCUCAUCCCCUCUGGGCAUUUGCCAAUCGGGGAGGAGCUUCAACGGAUUUGCGCUCAAGUGCUGGCGGGGGUGAACCGCGACCCAGUGCUCCACGCCGAGCAGGCGCAGCAUCCCGCCUCCUCUGCGCUCGGACGGAUAGCAACCACACUCAACGUUGUCAACGGGCAAUCCUAUCCAGCGGAUAUGCCCCUCUCGGAGGCGGCCUUCUACGCCAUGUGCCAAUGCGGGGGCUGUGGCCCCAUGGAUCCCAACGGGCUCUGCAACCGGAACCUCCAGCCCAUCGAGCUGGAGCUCACGGACCGGUCCUCGGAGGGGACAUACUUCCCGCCUGCCAGCGCAGGCCCCACGCGGCAACACGACGCAGCAGUGCGGCUCCGGCGCAACGGCCGCGGCGGCCCUGGCGGUGAUGACGACGACAAUGACAGCGGGCACAGCGGCUGGGGCUGGGCGCAGCGGCCGACGCCGUACGCCGGGGGCCCGCGUCUGGGCGGUGGCGUUGGCGGCGACACAGGCUCCGACAACGGCCAGCGGUUGGCGACGUGGUUCAGCGAGCUGGGGAAAGCGAUCGGCGAAGGUGUGUCGCAGACGGUGGCGAAGGUGAAGGAAGCGGCGAACCAGCCCGUGCUGGCGCGGACGUCGGGGAACGGCAGCGGCAUGGGCGGCUUUGGCGCGGCGGCGGACGCAGUGCUGUCGUCGGCGCGCGGGCGCAAGGGCUCCGCGUCAACAUUGUUGGGGAGGGCGCCGUUCGAGGGCGGCGCCGGCAGCUCGGUCGCGGGCGGGUCCGGCGCGUAUGUCAAGACGAAGCAUGGCGGCAAGGCGGACUGAGCGGACCCUGCCCGGCGCAGCGCGCGGCGCGCACGGCUGCGGUUUGCGGGUGGUGGUUGAGGCGUUGACUGGAGCUGGCGGCUGUGGCGGUGGCGGCAGGCAGCAGCGGCGGGGUGUGCCUGAUGCGAUACUGGCUGCUGGGAGCUGGGCCAGGCCGAGUGUGGCCAGCUCGCCAUGCUCAUGCCGAGCAGCUGCAGGAGGUGUUGUCGGGUACGUGCACAGAACUGACACAGGCACAAAAUGAAGAAAAGAGAGCAAAUCCCAUUCAUUUCUGCGCGAGGGAUUAGUCUGGCUCUCUCCAUUCGCGGGUCAGCAGAGGAGAGCGGGAGAGGCGGGCGCACAGGCCGCGGGCCUUGUUUGGGGGACGGAGGCGGCAGGGGCGACAGGCACGCGCCGGGAGCACAGGGCGUGGGACACCCCUGUUUGGCUGGAGCCACUCGCCUGGAGCGGCGAUGUGUUACCUAGUGGGGCUCUCGGGACUCGUUUGAGCUCGUUGGUCCAGGUGCAAUUCUUGUUUGAGGAGGGUGAGAGGUGCAUAGGCACUGGGUCUGUAUGCACACAGGUUCACCCCGCAAUGCAUUCACAGUGUGUCAAGAGUCGUCAAGCGAUGAAUUGCACGCAUACCCGUGCCAUAGUAAUGAUGGGAAAGGGGCCUUCCCAACGUAUUCAGACGUUUGACUGUGGGUGAGAAGACUCGUGCUUGUUAACCAGGCGUGAUGCGAUUCCAUGUUAUCAUGUUGUGGUGGAUCGAUCGGCCGAGCUGUACAGCGAACGGGUGCUACGGAUGCAAAUAGAUGCUAGGAAGCCGUCAGGUGAAGGCACAGGCGGUCAUGACUUGUCUACAGGACUUCUUUGCGCCAGGUUGGGCGCAAACGUGUAGGCUGCUGAGCAUACAUUGAGAGAGGGGCAGAGUCCACUAAACCUUGAAGUUAGCUAUUUUGUACGAUAUACUGCAUGUCGUGAAUACUGCGUGGUUGGUUGCGGUGAUGGCGACCGUCUGUGAGCUUGGGCGGGUCUACGGGAGGAUGGCGGUUUGCUUGCCGCGGCAAAAGGUGUGGCGCUCUCGCAGAAGCCCGCGAACUGCGGCCCUGCGGCGCGCGAACUGCAAACGGAUUUGGCUGCUCCUUGUAUCCAAUAACUCCC